AUGCCUCCUCGUCUACGGCUGCGUUCACUUGCGCAAUUAGCGGACCUACAGCUCCAGCGAACUGCCUACACAUGCGGCAGAUGCCAGUACGCGACAGCAGUAGCUACGACACCGGCACCGUCUGAUGCACAAAUACAUGCCUCGAUACCUUCAUUAUCACGAUAUUCACCCGUCCAGCCGCCGUCACAUCGAAAUCCUGCGUAUCGGAAGUCACAACUCCUGCGAUCCUACGUUUCUCUUCUCCAGACAACGCCUAUGAUAGUUUUCUUCCAACACACCAAUCUCAAAGCCAUAGAAUGGGUGGGCAUCAGACGCGAACUGAGGGCCGCACUUAGGAAAGUCGACGAACAGCUCGCCAGGCAAGGAUCGCCGCCGGAAGAUCUGAUUGCAGACGCUAUCAAGAUCGAAGUCAUCAAGACUAACAUUUUCGAACCGGCACUUCGUGUGGCAGAGUACUUCAAGCCUGGACAAGUGCAACUUCCACCCGAGCCGAUCGGGGGAUUGAGCGGGAUAUCUUCAGAAAAAGAAGAUCCUUCUCUGACGCAUGCGCUGUCUGAAGCAGCAUAUAAGGUGGCGAGCGAACACAAGGGCGAGCAUCCUCUGACGCCUGUCCUUGCCGGUGCUGUCGCGAUUCUGACCUUCCCUUCUGUCUCGCCGGUGCAUCUGAAGACCGCCUUUUCUAUCUUAUCUCCCCAACCACCGACUUUCCCGGCUCCUACACGUCGGGCAGUCCCGUCGUACUACGAACCUCCGGUCCAGGAUGGUCUGAAGAAGCUGUUGCUCUUGGGCGCGCGCAUCAAUGGGGACGUGUUUGAUAUGGAGAGUACGAGAUGGGUCGGGAGCAUUGAUGGUGGGAUUGAUGGAUUGCGUGCUCAAUUGGUGGCUCUUUUGCAAGGAUUUGGUGUCGCACUUACAAGCACCCUGGAAAGCGCGAGCAGGAAUUUGUGGUUCACCAUGGAUAGCCGAAGGAACAUGUUGGAAGGGGAGCAAAAGCCUAAAGAGGAGAGCAAGGAAUGA